UGAAAAUUGUUUCAAAAUUGUACGCUGUAAAUUGUUACCAGUGUUUCACAUUCUGCAACUUAAUUACAUGUGAAACCAAAAUUAUGUUGAUUUAUUGAUUGCUGAAACAACAUAAUAAUCCAGAGAAACAGAUAUUGCAUUAGUCAUCAUAUUCAGAUGAAACACUCCACGUGUCCUAUGACUUUGUAUAGUACAUUUAUGAAACCAAUACUAUACUAGAAACUGAAAUAGACAUGUAUAUAAAGAGACUGUGUAGGAGUUUGAGUCAUUCAUUAUUACUGGUUAAACAACAAUCGACUAUUAACAGUUAAAAUCUCAAAAUAAUAAGCAUGGCACGAGAUGGAAUCCACCUAAGUGAGAACAAUACUGCUAAAUUACUACCUGGGUUAGGGAAUGACCAUAAAUACCACGUUAUGAUAUCAUACACAAAAGAAGAUGCAAACCUAGUGAAUCUCAUUUGCAAAUUGCUGGAACCAUUAGAACCAAAGAUAUUAUGUGUCGAGGAUGGCGUCAUAGUUGGAAAGGCUGAGGAUGUAGCAAAAGCUGAUGACCUGAAUAAGGUUAUUGAACAGUCACUUUGCCUGCUUGUGAUAUGUUCAGAAAACUUCAGUGAAAGCAAAUGGGCUCAAUAUAUAGCAUGCCAAGGUAUACAAAAGAUGAUGUCUGCUGUAAAACCCAGUCCAUUUAUCCAAAUAGUAAAGUGCAACAUUGCUUACAAUAAGAUGCCCACAUAUCUAAGCUGGUUGACCUACAUAGAGUCAAAGCCAAAUAAUGAUGAGGAUUUCAAGAAGAAAAUCACUUGGGCAGUUGCAGGUGAGACUGCAAGAUCUAUAGAUCUAUUUGGGGGUCUCUGAAGCCUAGAGUAGCAAUCUGCAUAGAGUUAUGAUGCUUGGCUACCUCAGAAAAGGAUAAUUGAGCUAUUCAAUCCUUGAAUAUGACAUGAGCUGCGAGUGCAACUGCAAGUGGCAUCUAAUUCAGGCGCAGAAAUACAACCUGUUAAGCGCUAUCACUCGUGAUAGAAGACACAGUGCCUCAGAGGGCUCACACUGGACAUGGGAAUGACAUGAACAUUGCAAUAAAUCGGAACAUUGGAAAACAUCUAGACAUUGACACAUAU